AUGGAGCAGCAUUGUCAGGAGGGAUGGAGAAAAUUUGACUCGAGGUUGUACCUCCUCUCUACUGAGAAGAAAACCUGGAAGGAGAGCAGAGAGGACUGUCUGGAGAGAGGAGCAGACCUGGUGAUCAUAAACAGCAGAGAGGAACAGACAUUUCUCUUCAACCUCCACAUGAGAGCCUGGAUUGGUCUGACUGACUCUGUUACUGAGGGGACCUGGAAGUGGGUGGACGGCACAACACUGACCACAGGGCACUGGGGGAGAGGACAGCCUGAUAAUGGUGGUCUGUUCUCUGGGCAGCAGGACUGUGUUGAGAUAUACUAUAGACAAGAUGACCCUGUACAGACAUGGAAUGAUGACAAAUGUGGGACAAAUCAUAACUGGAUCUGUGAGAAAGUGGUGUAACA